CUGUGCCUCGGCCUCUCUAAGCCUUGUCCCGGCCAUGCUUCGAACAUCACAUCCUGCUCAGAGCACAAGACAAAACGUUUUUCCACACCGAGGAAGAUCUAACGUGGAGUUUGGACGUCUUUUGGUGGACUCAAAUGUGGGGUGUCAGCAUGACUCUUCGAACCUUGAAAGUAGCGGCACUUCUGCUGCUGUCGGUGCAUCUCCUGCAUGCAUCUGCCCUGCCGGCUGCAUCUUCCUAUGAGUUUACCGCAUACAGGAUGCAGCAAUACAACUUACAUCAGGACAAACAUGGUUGCCGUGGAGCUAUUGUGGUGGCAGAGGCACGAUCUGCUGUGGAUACGAGUCUGACUCGCCGCUGUGUGAUCAUGAAGCUGCCUGAUUUCACCACAGAGCGCUACCUAGAGGCCAAAAAGCAGAAUGCAGCAGCGGUUUUGAUUCUGCUGCCCCAAAACAUCUCUUCAGUACCAGAGGAUAUUGUACAGGGCUUUAUGGUGGCUGAAUCUCAGGUCCUGCAGAAGGAGACCCUGAUGCCUGUGUAUGUGGUCCCAGAGGACGACCAGCUGCUCUGUAUGUAUGAGGAAGUCACUCAGGCUGCAGCAACUAAGUCUGCUUCUGUACUAGUGAGAGUUCUCCGUAGUAUCAUCACCGCCACCGCUUUUCAAAUAUUAGUAAGCAACAACUCCCCCAUCAAGCCUAUUACUGAUACCACCAUCAAUACUUUGGAGGGAGUACUUCCUGGAGCUGGAGAAGACCCACCCACUAUUGUAAUUACGGCCCAUUAUGACUCGUUCGGUCUUGCUCCUUGGCUGGCGUAUGGUGCGGAUUCAAAUGGCAGUGGCGUCACUGUUCUUCUCGAGCUGGUUCGACUCUUUCAUCAUCUCUACAGCAACCCACGAAGCCAGGCUCCGUACCACCUUUUAUUCUCCCUGACUGGUGGUGGUAAAUAUAACUUCAUGGGCACCAAGCGUUGGCUGGAGGAAAAUAUGGACCAUGUAGAAUCCAGCCUUUUGCAUGACAAUGUGGCAUUUGUUCUGUGUCUUGACUCUCUCGGCACUGGAGACGAGCUUUUCCUGCAUGUUUCACGACCACCUAAAUCUGGAACACCUCAGUACAGCUUCAUUCAGCAACUGGAGCAGAUCAUUUCUGCCAGGUUCCCCUGGGUGAGAUUUGGAACUGUCCAUAAGAAGAUCAACCUGCAGGAAGCCACCGUGGCUUGGGAGCAUGAGCGCUAUGGAAUGAAACGUAUCCCAGGAUUCACUCUGUCGCACAUUGAGAACCCUAAAUCAGAGCUGAGAGGAUCUAUCCUGGACACCAUGGCACAGGUGGACAUCAGGAAACUCAAGCGGAACGCCGUUAUCGUUGCUGAGUCCUUGGCAAGAUUCAUGUACAAUCUUUCAGACAAGGGCUCCGCUAAGGACAUGCAGGUUUUCAAGGGCAGUUUGGAUGUUCAAGACAGCCGUUUGUCUGCACUGAUGACCAUGAUAACGUCUGUUCCACGAGCCGUUCAGCUGAUGGACAGAGAGCCAGAACACGCACUCCUGAUCAGCAGCCUGGAGCAAGAGUUCAAACACUAUCUACAGCAGGUCCACAGACACACGUUCCACUCGGACCGAAGGGAUCCUGAAAUCACAUUCUUUGAUCAAAUGAAACAACCAAUGAUGAUGUACAGGGUGAAGCCUGCCGCCUUUGACCUGUUUUUGGGUGGCUGUAUAGCUGGAUACCUUGGAAUAGUUUAUUAUGCAAUCCAGAACUUUGGCAAUGUCUACACUAAAUUAAAAGCAACUGUGAAAGCCAAGCAUCAGUAAACUUGAGUAAAGGAGACACAUCAAAGAACCGGUGCACAGAGACGUCUACAAGAUGGUCAAUGCUAUACCUGUGAGGACUGAAAACUUCUGGAAUUCAUGUCUAGAAUUUAAAGUGGCUACCUUGGUGUUUUAUAAUUCCUUUGCAGUCUCUUCUGUUUCUGUUUGAUUCCUUUUUUUAAAUUAAAGAUCACCUCUCUCUUUUAGAACUGGCUACUUUACAAAAAUCCUUCUGGAACUUUAUGUUUACACUUUGGUCACUGAAAG